CCCACUUCCAAACAAAAGUGAAAUGUUCAAAAACCAGCUAUUCGUUGGACAGGAAUUCUAAAUAAACCAUAGCUGGCACCAGCUGCUCUGUUCUCUGACCUCCACAAACCUAAAACCCAUGCACGGCCCUUACCCCCGCGCCACCAUCACGCGUAUCUUCUUCACAUUUCACUUCUCAUCCACCCAACCCUUCGUGUAUAUAUAGAAACCCAUCUCUUCGAUCCUUCUUCACAUCUCAAAACACAAACCAAAUAGAGAAACAGGGGAAAGUUAAAUAGUAACAGAGAAUGGGCAGCUUUUCCUUCUCUUCCGGGCAAAAACUGGCCAUCUGUGUGGUGGAAUUGGCCGUGUUGAUGGGAGUAGCCUACGGUGGCAACUUCUACCAGGACUUCGAUUUGACGUGGGGAGGGCAGAGGGCCAAGAUAUUCGGCGGCGGCCAGAUGCUGUCUCUGUCUCUCGACAAGACCUCUGGCUCUGGGUUUGUGUCAAAGAAGGAGUACUUGUUCGGCCGGAUUGAUAUGCAGCUCAAGCUCGUCGCCGGCAACUCGGCUGGCACCGUCACUGCCUAUUAUUUGUCAUCUCAAGGCCCGACUCAUGAUGAAAUUGACUUCGAGUUUCUAGGAAAUGUGAGCGGAGAUCCUUAUAUAUUGCACACGAACGUGUUUACUCAAGGAAAAGGAAACAGAGAGCAACAGUUUUACCUCUGGUUCGAUCCCACCAGAAACUUCCACACCUACUCGAUCAUCUGGAAGCCUCAACACAUUACGUUCUUGGUGGACAACACUCCGAUCAGGGUAUUCAACAACGCCGAGAACAGGGGAGUUCCGUUCCCAAAGAACCAGGCGAUGAGGAUUUACUCGAGCUUGUGGAACGCUGACGAUUGGGCGACGCGUGGAGGGUUGGUGAAGGCUGAUUGGUCCAAGGCUCCAUUCACUGCUUACUACAGGAAGUUCCAGGUCACCCCUGUUUCUUCUUCCCGGUCUCGUAGCAGCGGCGAGUUUGCGAAUGGAGACUGGCAGUCGAAUGCGUUGGAUGCGAAUGCCAGGAGGAGGCUGAGAUGGGUUCAGAAGAACUUCAUGAUUUAUAAUUACUGCACUGAUCUGAAGCGAUUCCCGCAGGGCUUCCCUACCGAAUGUAAAUGACUAUGAUGAUGAGCGUGUAUUCAUUAUGAUUUAUGGGUUGGCCUUUGUAACGUUGAUUCUUUCUUUCUUAGCUUUGUUCAUAUGUAAAUCAGAGGGUUUACGGUCUUUCCCGUUUCCCCCCUUGUUUUCACCUGUUGCUUUUGUAUCAAGUCUUAAUAUGCAAUGAGAAUCUGUAGAUUCUUUGUUGGAAGUUCGUGUUUGCUUUUGUAUCAAGUUUUAAUAUGAAAAAACCGUGGAUCAAAUAGAAUAGUGUAAUUUGGUUCAGAUUCUAAAAUAUUGAAAAAUAAAAAAUGGUUUAUUUGAUUAUGGG